AUGCCGGUAAUUGCCAUACUCUGUGCUAUCAUCGCCAUCUGCUUUGCACUGCUGCUACUCCGGCGGCCGGGACGCGUAGGCAGACAUCUCCCUCCAGGGCCCCCGCCUCUCCCUUUAUUUGGCAACUUGUUCGAUUUUACUCUCAAGGAGCUCUGGUUGCGGGUAACCUCCCAAUGGGCACAGAAAUAUGGAGAUCUUGUCUACAUGAGAAUCUUCGGCCAAGGAAUCCUCUUCCUCAACUCUGUGGAGGCUACGAUAGAGAUUCUCGAAAAGCGUGGUGCAAUGUAUGCAGAUAGGCCUCGAACGGUGAUGCUGUCAGAACUGUGUGGUUGUGACAAUAUUGUCGCCUUCGCUGGAUAUGGAACCACUCACUACCGGCAGCAACGUCGACUGCUACACACCGCCUUAGCACCAUCAAGUAUCCCCGCGUACCAGCCCCUCAUUACUACAGAGGUCUCCGACUUGUUGAGAAGAUUGCUGGACUCACCCGAGGAAUAUGUCGAUCACAUACGGCGUUAUACCGGCAGCCAGAGCAUGUCCAUCGCGUAUGGAUACAAGGUUUCCGAGGACAAUGAUCCGCAUAUCCGGGGCGCUGAAGAAGCUAUCGACAUCAUUGCAAACCACAUCCUGGGCACACCUGGCGACGUUUGGUUGGUGGAUCUAUGCCCCGCCCUCAAGCUUCUGCCUACUUGGGCCCCCGGUACGGGAUUCAGGCGCAAGGCUGCCGCGUGGAAAGCGAAGAUCGAGAAGUGCGCCAACGAUCCGUUUGAGUGGGUGAAAGAGUGCAUGAGUACAGGAACGGCUACACCAUGCUACUGCACAAGACUGCUCCACGAAGAAGCUGGCUCAGGCACUGUCAACAAGCAAUAUGAAUCGGACGUCAAAUGGACUGCGCAUGCGAUGUAUUUAGCCAGUAUCGACACGACGCUAGCCUUGCUUACCCAUUUCGUUCUGGCAAUGGUCCGGAACCCAGAAGUGGUGCGCAACGCCCAGGAAGAGAUCGACGCCGUGACGGGAGGGUCUCGUUUACCCACGAAUGACGACCGCGACGCACUCCCCUACGUUGACGCUAUCAUGAGCGAGUGCAUGCGCUGGACCUGCCCAGUUCCCUUGGGGCUUCCCCAUAAAGCUACAGAGAAUGACGUGUAUGAAGGCAUGUUCAUCCCGAACGGCACGAUCGUGAAGAUGACUCGUGAUCCUACGCUCUUUCCCAACCCGGAGGCGUUCAUUCCGGAGCGUUAUCUCGAAGACGUCGACGAAGCGACCGCGCGUCUGCGGGAUCCGCGGAACUACAUCUUCGGAUUCGGCAGGAGGAGAUGUACAGGAACGCACCUCGUCGAGUCGUACCUCUGGCUCGCCAUCGCGUGCACGCUCGCAACCUUCGACUUCACUAAAGCCACGGACGCCGAUGGCAAUGUUAUCGAGCCGCAGCCACAGUACCUGGAUGCUUCAUUCAGACUACCUACAUUGUUUCCAUGCAUCAUCCGUCCAAGGUCCGAAAACGCUGCGCAGCUGGUUCAUGAAUCCCUCGCGGAAUAA